AUGAUGCUUGGUGGAUUUCCGAUCACUUUUACUGGUCGUCGAAUUGAACGUGAACGAAAGCCGAAAUGCGCUCGUUGCCGUAAUCACGGCAUCGUCUCGUGGCUUAAGGGACAUAAACGUCAUUGUCGCUAUAAGGAAUGUGCAUGCGAGAAAUGUAAUCUGAUCGCUGAACGACAACGAGUGAUGGCUGCACAGGUGGCGUUGAAACGAAAGCAAGCCACUGAGGACGCAAUCGCACUCGGAUUACGGAUGGUGGCAGGUCAGGCUAUCGAGCAUCUACCACAAGGACCUCUAUGGAAUGCCACGACCGAUGAAGAUCAAGAUAACGACGACAACGGUUCUGAGCUUACAACCGUCUCUAUGCCUUGGCGAAAAAACUCGUCCGUAAAACGUUCUUUACAUGUUAUAAAAUUUUGUAGACAAAAGCUAUUUUUGGAACACGCCCGACUUUACAUCUGUAGUGGGAAGAAGUAUUUAUUUCGUAAUAUAAGUGGUCAAAAAUAA